AUUAUAUUAGGGCACCCCCGUAAAUCAAAAGCAAAACCCAGCAUUUCUGCCUUGUAGCGUAACCACCCCACUCUCUCUCCGACGGCCGUGCACCACCGCCGCCGGGGCAAGUUCCGCCGCCGCAGUGCCGCUAACUCCGCGAAGCGAGAGGCUUUCUUCACUGUUGCGCGGCGGCGGGAGGCGUUUUCCCUGCGCGGUCGACGAUGGCGAUGGUCCUCCUGCGGCGAGUUCUUCUCAACGGGAAGGCGAUUGCGUUGCCUAGCGCCUCGCCGAUGGCGCAGUCGGAUUCGUUCGUUCCUGCAUUUUCCAGAUUCUUCUCCAAAUCCGCUCCGUACGCGGUGAAGGUUGGUAUACCAGAGUUUUUGCAGGGUAUUGGCGGAGGGGUCGAAGCCCAUGUCGCCAAGCUCGAGUCUGAGAUUGGUGACUUCAACAGUGUGGACAUGGCACUACUCAAUUUUUGCCCUUCAUAUGAAUUUGAGGCGUUUUGCUGGUAGAAGAUGAUCUUCCGGCAUGUUUUAUGCAUUGAUGAUCUGGAAGCAAAUCCUUAUAUUGAUGAAGUAUUGACUAGGUUCAUAGUCUUGCUCUAAAGUCCCACCGUAUAUAGUUCCUUCAUCUGCAAGACUGGCACUACUCAAUUUUUGCCCUUCAUAUGACUUUGAGGCGUUUUGCCGGUAGAAGAUGAUCUUCUGGCAUGUUUUAUAUUAAUGAUCUGGAAACAAGUCAUUAUAUAGAUGAAGUAUUGACUAGGUUCAUAGUCUUGCUCUAAAGUCCCACCUUAUAUAGUUUCUUCAUCUGCAAGAUUGGAACUCAUUUGUUUUGUAGAUUUUGCUUUGAUGGCUAGUCUUUUUGAGCUAGGGAUACCCAAGGAUAAGUUUUUUCUGCAGUGACUAUGGUCUAUCGAAUAGGCUAAAUAUGUUCAUGUUAUUUGAAUAAUGGCGAGGAGCAAAACAUCUAUUGUAUUUGUGAGGCGUGCUUUGAACAUGUAUUGAUAGAUGAAAUUGAAUUUUUCAACACCAUUGAAACUUCGUGCAUCUAAAACUGAUCUUGAUACCUUCGUAGUUGAUCGGAAAUUGUCUGAGCUCAUUGUCAAGUGAGCAUGCAGUAGUAACCUUAUUGGCAUAAACUUUUUAACCAAGAUUAAUAAGGGGAAUAGUUGCUCCAUCCACAGAGGUCUAUCAUUGGGUUGAUCUCAAAUGGCAUUAGUUUGACUCCUUAUGAGGACAUUUUACUUUCUUUGUGAAGAGGUCCUAAGUUCUUUUUUGGUUUUGCAGAGGAAGUUGAUAUUGAAGUAUGCCCACAAAUAUAGGGUCGGACUAUGGAGACCUAGAGCUGCACCCAUUAAAGCUUAAGAGUGGUU